GCCCCACCCACGCAACGCCAAAAGGGAGGGGGGUGGGAGUCCCUCAGUGGGCAGGACGCAUGCGCGGGCCGGAAGUCGAGGCCGGCUGGGCCUGGCGGAAGGGAGGAGGCUUUGCAAUGCGCUGCAGGUUUUAAGAAAGUGGGCGGAUCCGCUCUCCCUCCCGAGAGAACAUGGAAGCCGGUGUGAAGUGGCGCGCAGAGAGUCUGGAUGUUGUGUCGGCCGCCUCUCCCGGAUCCAGCCGGCGGAUCUCCAUCAGCGAAUUUUCCUGCCACUGUUGCUACGACAUCCUUGUCGACCCCACCACCCUGAACUGCGGGCACAGUUUCUGCAGGCAUUGCCUCGCGCUCUGGUGGGCGGCCUCCAAGAAGCAGGAGUGCCCGGAGUGCCGAGAAAAGUGGGAGGGAUUCCCCAAGGUCAACAUCCUCCUCCGGGACGCCAUUGAAAAGCUCUUCCCGGAUGCGAUCAAGCAGAGGAAGGUGGACAUCCAGCAGAACCCCGACGUUUCCCACAGCCUCGCUGCCUUCCAGAAGUAUGGGACGGAUCAGACGUUGGCCACUCCCAGUGUGGGGAGGAUGAAUCCUCGGGGAGGGGGCUUCUUCUCUGGCGUCCUGACAGCGUUGACUUGUGUGGCGGUGGUUUUGCUCGGCUACCACUGGAGCAGCCGGGAUUCGGAGGACGACCUCCUGGUCCACAAGCCUGUGGCCAAAUGGACGGCCGAGGAGGUGACUCACUGGCUGGAGCAGCUCGGCCCUUGGACGUCCCUCUACAAAGACAGGUUUUUGCUUGAGAGAGUGAAUGGAAGGCUGCUUUUAAUGCUCACAGAGGAAGACUUGUCCAAGGCGCCCUACCGCGUGGAGAACAGUAGCCACAGGAAAGCCAUCAUGACGGAACUGGAGCGAGUGAAGACGCUGGGGAUGAAGCCGCCACAGAACCUUUGGGAAUACAAAGCGGUGCACCCAGGGAAAUCUCUGUUCCUGCUCUACGCCUUGAAGAGUUCCCCCCGCCUCACCAUGCUCUACUUGUACCUCUUCGAUUACACGGAGGCCUUCCUCCCCUUCCUCCAUACCAUCUGUCCCGUGCAGGACGAAGAAGAUUUUGAGGAAAUCAUGGCCAAGCUUUUGGACCUGAAAGAACCGGCGUGGAAACAGUGGCGGGAGUUCUUUGUCAAGUUCCUUUUCCUGCCGUAUCAGCUGAUAGCCGAGUUUGCCUGGGACUGGCUGGAGGUCCAUUACUGGACGUCGCGCUUUAUCAUCGUCAAUGCCAUGUUGCUCUCCGUGCUGGACCUCUUCUCUUUCUGGAGGCUGUGGUCGAGAAGGGAGCUGAAGAUGAUUCCUCACCACAUGUGGAGCCACUUCUGGAAGGUGUCCACCCAGGGAUUCCUCAUGGCCAUUUUCUGGCCCGUUAUUCCGCACUUUCUCUGCAACUGCCUCUUCUACUGGGCUUUGUACUUUAACCCAAUCAUAAACAUUGACCUGGUGGUCAAGGAGCUCCGUCGCCUGGAGACGCAAGUCCUGUGAGGACCGGAUGCUCUGGGGUCCGCCCCACGCCCUGCGAUACCCUGAACCCACCGGCCACAGGAAGCUGAUGGAGGAGCAGCUCGGUUGCCAUUUCUUUCUCCAGUAAUAAACUCAAGUUGAUUUUUUGGGAGGGUUAAUUUAAUUGCAUGCCUGCUUUGUGGCUCUUCUCCUUUUGUUAAGCUGCAAAGGGCGGUAGCAGGUGGAAAGGGUCCCCAGGUUUCCUGCCGAGAGGAGGAACAGUAAUCUGCCCACUGUCUCUGUUUGUGCUGGAGCCGUAUUCCAUAUCCCGUCUUUGGCAAAGUGGGAAAGACUGGAAAACUGACAACGGGGCCAAGAAAGCUGGCCGGAGUGUGUGUGUGUUUGUCUUCCUUUCCCUUCCCUUUCAUGACAUGAUCGGUGAACCUGCAUGGAAAUACUGUGAAGUGGUCGGUUUUGAAUGUAUAUAUAGAUAAAAAAGCCACUGCUGUUAAAUAUCUCCCAAAACCAAGAUUAGCUUUGUUUCAAAUGCAAUGUUCCUGUAAAUGAAACUUGACUCUGCAUUUGUAUUAAUCUUCAAAUUUGCAUACAGAUAUUUUUAAGAAUUAAAAAAAGAGAUUUUUUCCUAGUAUUUAUUAGUACCAAUUUUUUAAAAAUCGUCUCUGGUUCCUUUCCUGGCUUGCCUUUUCUUUUCCUCACAACACCUCUGCGGGGUAGGCCUGGAUGAGCAAUGUACUGUAUUUCAGGGGGAGAUUUGAACAGAAGCCUUGUUGCCUCACUGCACCGUACAGUUUGUAAACUUUCAGGAGAGAUCACCACAUUGAUAUAAGCUGAGUCCUCCGUUUUUUUUAGGUAGACCUGGGCCAAAGCCCCGUUGCUACCCCCCAACUAGAUUAAACCCCAAAAUUUUGAUUAA